AUGAGCCGCCCACCACCGCCGCUCCCCCCGCGCCGCCAAUCGUCAAUGGCCUCGGCCUCCCCGACGUCGCCCAGCCGCACCAGGACGCUCCCCCCGCCUCCGCCGUCCGGCCGGCCGCGCACAGAACCAGAAGCAUCCCCACCCUCGUCCCCAGACGAGCCCAUCAUCGACCUCUCCCGCCCUACCCUCUUCCAUGUCCGUCGGCCAGGGGCACAAAUGUCGCUGUACGAGUCGACCAACGAGGCGGCGAUGAGUGCCAUGUUCUCCGCGUCGAAGCAGAGCGUGCGCACAGUGCCGGCCAAGGCGCUCAAGCCGGCCCAUCUGUCUUCAGCGUCGGCGAGGAGCCCGCCGCAAACCCCCAACGACGACGAGACCCCUCGACCCAGCGUCUCGAGCCUCGCCGCGCACUUCACUUCGGUCGACAUUGGCGCUCCGAGCAGGAGCAAACCCCCCGUCGCCACCCCCACGAGCCCCCGCCGUGAGAAGGCCGUACCUGUGCCUCACCGGCUCACGUCCCCCAUCACUGGGCCGCCUCGGAUCGACCCGACGUCCUUCCCGCACGUCUUUGAUGCCAUCUUCCACCACACCCUCCGCGCCGAGGGUGAAGACGACCACGACACGGCAAUUGCCCUGCGGAGCGUGUGCCGCUCGUUCCGUGACCGCGCCGACGCCUACCUCUAUGCCCAAGUCAUCUUUGACGAUCCUGACCGCCCCAAGGGGGCGUUCGACGCCGACGUCGUGCCAUACGAGGUGGCGUCUGCUGUGGCGACACGCCUCGACAUCCGCUCAGUGCAUGGGCGGAUACCUGCCACGCCAUUCUACCAAGCAGCAGGCGAGGAGCGACACCGCUGGCUCCGCCUCUUGGGCCAACACACCACCGUGGUCGACUACCACUGCGCUGUGGACGCCGCCGCCCUGGCCCCCGACCUCGCCGCCACGCUCAACGGCAAGCUGGCCCACUGCCGCCGGAUCUGGCCCUCGACCGCCGUCCUCCCCGCCGCCACGAUUGUCGACUACGUCGAUAUCACGCCCGACGGCUUCUGGACGGCCGCGCAGACCGAGGACGACGACCCGAUCCCCACCAUCCCGCCCAUCCCCGCGUCGCCACACAUCCAUCUCAACGUCGUCAACAUCAUCUACUCGGCCCGCAUGGGCUACUACUCUAUCCGGCUGGCAGUCGGCGAACGCAAGGGCAUCCACCUCGCCUUUACGUUCACGCAGCGCGCCGACACGGGCACACGCAGCGGGAACACCCGCAUGGCGGUGUCGUUCACCAUGUGCCACGUGAUGAAUGGCCCCAAGCCUUUCGGGCUCCUCGGCCCGCUUAUCGAGCUUCUGCCGAGUAUCAUCCGCGAGAACAAGGCGACGGCGCUCAUUGGGCUCGAGGACAUUCCUGAUAUCCUGCUCGGCAUGCAAGGCGUCGGUGAAAUGUUCUUCAACACGCACAUCGUCGCCCAAGGGAUGGUCAUGUGCUCACCGAUGGAGUACGAGAUGGGCGAGCACAGGUACAUUUACGCCGACGAGGAGACGGCCGCGAAGAACUGGAUAGGCAUCGGCGGGAUCCCUGGCGAACGAGAGGUCGCGGGCACCAAGUGGGCCGUCAUGUCCAACGACGUGAUGCGGUCCCAGGCGGGGGAGAAGGUGGUCGCAUUCGAGUCGGCCCAGGGGGCAACGCGCGUUGGUGGCCAAGUCGCGCGCGUGUGGUUCCCGUUACGGGCACAACACACAAUGUGUCCGCCGGGAGCCACAUGCGACGCGUUUGCACGCUUCGGCGCCGAGACGCUCAGGUGCAUGAUCGCCUACUCAUCCGCUCUGAUGCCUGACGACCUCCCGGCCGUCGCACGGCUGUUCCAACUUAUUCAGAGCUGA